AUGGCCGCGGAGGCUGCCGGUCGGACUGAUGCGUCGGCCGGUCCUGCAGACUGCACCGAGAUGGAGGAAAGGCAGAAGGAGGGGAUUAUGAAGGCUGAUUUGGAGGCUUCUCUACCUGCUGGACAGGAGGAAUUUGCGAUCCAGUGCCGAGACGUGUGCCGGUCGUACGGAAAACUGAAGGUCCUCAACAACCUCAAUCUGACUGUGCCACAGGGACACAUUUAUGGCCUUUUGGGGCCCAGUGGAUGUGGGAAGACCACGCUUCUGAAAUGCAUCGUGGGAACUUUAAAAAUCUCGCGGGGGCACAUCACCGUUUUAGGGAAGCCACCUGCAUUUCCUGGUCAUGAUGUGCCGGGAAAGAUGGUCGGGUACAUGCCACAGGAGCUGGCGUUGUACAACGAGUUCACCAUCAGUAACACUCUGACCUUCUUCGGCCGAAUCCACGGCCUGACGUCGAAGGAAACCCAGGCGCGCAUGGACUUCCUCAUAGACUUCCUGGAUCUACCUCAGAAGCAAAGUCUGGUCCGAAAUCUCAGUGGAGGUCAGAGGCGCAGGGUGUCUCUCGGAGCGGCUCUGCUUCAGAAUCCAGAGCUGCUCAUCCUGGACGAGCCGACAGUCGGAGUGGAUCCUGUGCUCAGAGCAAAGAUCUGGCAGCAUCUGGUGGAGAUUGUGAAGACGGGGAAAGUCUCGGUCAUCAUCACCACUCACUACAUAGAGGAGGCCAGGCAAGCCAAUGUGGUCGGUCUCAUGAGGAACGGUCGUUUGCUGGCUGAAGGACCUCCAGACGCAGUCAUGAAGCAGCACAGCGCAACAACCUUGGAGCAUGCCUUCCUGCAGCUGUGUGAGACAUCAGACCAGAUCGGCUCCAAACGGGGGUCCAGUCCGCCAGGUGGGCCGCUGGAGAACAGCCAGUCGUUCGAAAGCGGGCGAGAUGAGAGUCAGCCAAUCCUCGCCAUCGGACCAGGAGGUGGAGAUGACAUUCAGAAAUUUUCAGCGGACUGGAAGGUGCGAGCCCGACACUUUCUGCCCAAGUGGAGGAACAUCGCUGCCCUAAUGAUCAAAACAAUGGUGCGGAUGAAAAGAAUGCCCGGCUCGUUGUGUUUCCAGUUCUUGCUGCCCGUCAUCCAGAUCUCUCUCAUCUGUUUGUGCAUUGGAGGAGACCCAAAGGGGAUCCAGGUUGCCGUGGUGAACAACGAGACCUCCUCCUCUGCUUACAGCAAUUUACUGCUGUCCUUCCUGGACAACUCCAGCGUGCACCAGGUGCCGUUGUCCCAUAAGGAGGCUUUUGAUGGGAUCUAUAACGGAGAGUACUGGGGUGUCAUCAGCUUUGGCAAGAACUUCACAAGCUACCUGACGAAAAGGAUGCUCCAGCGGCAGGUUUCAAGAGACAUAGUCGAUGGAGGAUCAGUGCACCUCUGGCUUGACUUCACAAAUCGACAAAUUGCCGUCAUGCUACAGAAGAAACUCCACGAGGCCUUUCAGGCUUUUGUGGACAAAACAUUGGCCAGUAUGUCGUACCUGGUUGCACUGCCAAUAAAGUUUGAAGAGCCGAUCUACGGCAGCCAAAACACAGACUUCACUACGUUUGUGACACCGGGAGCUGUGCUCAGUAUCACCUUCUACCUGGCCGUGGGUCUGACGGCUCUCUCCUUUGUCCUGGAGAGGAAGGAGGGACUUUUGGACAGGUGCUGGGUCGCAGGUGUGAGCUCUCUGGAGACGAUGCUGGCUCACCUUUUCUCUCAGCUGUUUGUCAUCAGCGUUCAGAUCGUCCUGCUGCUCCUCUUCAUACUGCUCGCCUUCAAGAUGCCUAACGAAGGCUCCUUGGUGCUGGUCAUAAUCCUGAUUGUGCUGCAGGGCAUCACUGGCAUCUCGUUUGGUCUCGUCAUCUCAGCCGCAAUCGAUGACGAGCAGAGUGCAAACCAGGCCGCCCUGGGCAUCUUCUACCCAAAUCUCAUCAUCAGCGGUAUCAUCUGGCCUGUGGAGUGUAUCCCGUAUCCUCUCCGCUACGUCAGCCUGGCUCUUCCUCAGACCUACGCCUCCGAAGCCCUCCGCUGUAUCAUGUACAGAGGUUGGGAUCUGUCUCGGAUGAUGGUGUGGCGAGGCUUCGCCGUCACCCUGGGCUGGAACACGUUCUUUCUCAUCCUGGCUACGGUCAUCUUGAAGCUGAGGACGUGACGACCUCGACCCACAGAUCCUCCUUCGGUUUGGAGGACAGAGCUGUCAGGUGUAGUCCAGGAGCCCAAACGACUCACCUGGGUCUCCCGUGUGUGUGUGGACGGAGUGGGGGCAGCAGGAGAGAGUCCUCCAUAUUAUCUGUCUCACACACACACACACACACCAGUCAGCUGCCUGAUCCUGCAACAGUUGCUUUGGCUUGCGUGAGUAAAAUUUCAAAAUGCUGCACGUAGAAAGACGCAAGACAGAAUAUGUACAAUAUAAGAAUAUAUGUAAUAUAAUUAAUAAUUCAUGUUAAAUGAGGUAAGUGUUUAGUUUUACUUCUGUGUGCAGCUUUUUUGAACUUUUCACCCACAGAAUGAACCAUGUACCAACUCAGGGUAGCUUUUUUUGCCCUUUCUCUUCAUGCUAAUGGAGAGAUUUGAUGGCGAAUAUACUGACUUCAGCUGUGGGACAAUGCUUUUGUCCGCAGUGUUCGUCACCUACCUUAUAUUUGCAUUACAGAGUAAAUUGUGUUUAUAUGUGAAAAUGAAUCUCAGCACAAAAAUAAUGUUUUUGUCAACAAGAAAAUGUGAACACUUUUUUUUAUUUUUCACGAUUGCUUUAUAAGCAGAAACAUCAAGGAGAGGACUGUCGUUGCAUUAUGUCGUGGGAACUCAAAACUGGUUUCAAAGUGCAGAUUGCUUCAUAUUGUCCAGGAAACUGUCACCCACUGAGGCGUCCCACAGUAGCAGUGUCUUCUCUAGCUUUUUGAGUCUGUGCUCAGAUUUGCGUGUCCUGACUGGUGUGUGACAGGAAGUGGUUACCCAUCGUUACCAGGUGCUCAGCUGCAAACCGUCUUUCUCAGUUCAGGUUGCUGGCGUUCUCCAUAGCUUGUGUUUUGUGCCUGCGUCUCCAGUGGGAGAAGAAAAUGGUUUGGUUUGGUGAUGGGAAAGCAUCGGUACUGUGUCAUUUUAUUUUUAUUACCCUCCACUUUGCUGGACAGAGUGGAUGUUGUCACACUGAGUCUUUUCACAGUUUCAGAUGCAGUCUGCGUACAUGCAGCAUGUGUUCUGUUUUUUUUCACAGAAAAGUUUCAAACUGCUCAUAUUUUAUACUUUAUGACUGUUCCACCAACAAUAACACAGUAAAAGCACACAGGAGUUAUGCUGUUUUGGAUUCAACAUGUCAUGGUUAUGGAGUUGUUGCGGUGUCUGCACUGUGGGAAAGGAAGGAAAAAUGCAGAAAUUAGGAAUAAUUGCCAAAUCUAGAGCAUGAUGCUGUUAUCGUCAGUGUAAAACAGUGGGAAGCAAAUGACAAAGAGGCUCUUUCCAUGGCAACGGUUCUUGCAUGAAAUGUUAAACUUUUGUUGCAGUUUGGCCUUUUGUUUUGGGGGCCUGAAAACGCAAAC